AUGAGUGCAACAUUAACAUCGGCAGUGUUAAAUAAUUUUUCAAUGCUAACUACGAUUCAAUCGACUAGAGAACCUUUAACAACGACUGUGGUAUAUAAUAAUCAUCUAUUUUUACACACGACUACUUGUCAAACUAUUGCUGGAGCAUUUACUUGGGCAGCAAUUUUCAUCACUAGUUAUCAUAUUUAUCUUCAUUUACGAUAUUAUAAUGUGCCAUCAGAACAGAAAUGGAUUAUUCGUUUAUUAUUCAUAGUACCUAUUUAUUCAUUUGUGUCAUGGCUCAGUUUAAUUAUGUUCCGGAGUGAUUCUUAUUAUGUUUAUUUCCAUGCAGUUCGAGAUUGCUAUGAAGCAUUUGUCAUCUACAGUUUUCUGUCUCUUUGCUAUGAAUAUUUGGGUGGUGAAGGAGCAAUAAUGGCAGAAAUUCGUGGAAAACAUAUUGAACGAAGUUGGUGGACAUGUACAUGUUGUCUUUCAAAUCAAGAAUAUACCAUCGGAUUUUUAAGAUUUUGCAAACAAGCAACACUUCAAUUUUGCUUAGUCAAACCUUUGAUGUCGCUUGUAACACUGGUUUUAGAAGCAUUUGAUAAAUAUAAAGAUGGCGAUUUUUCGCCUACUGGUGGUUAUCUUUAUAUAACAUUGAUUUAUAAUAUAUCUGUAUCCGUUGCUCUUUAUGGGUUAUUUCUUUUUUAUGAAGCCACAAAGCAUAUUUUAGCUAAAUAUGAUCCCGUAUUGAAAUUUCUUACUGUGAAAUCAGUGAUUUUUUUAACAUUCUGGCAAGGUGUUCUUUUAGCUAUUUUCGAACAGCUUGGUAUUAUUCAAGCAUUUCAAGGUAAAACAAAUUUGAGUGUUGGAACUGUUGCGGCUGGUUGGCAAAACUUUUUUAUUUGCAUCGAAAUGUGUUUAGCUUCCGUGGCACUUCGUUUUGCAUUUCCGCAUCAAACUUAUGUAGUAGGUGAACAUUACUUAUCGACAUCAUCAACAGAUUCUGGACCAGCACCAUCAAACACUGGUGGAAGAAUGGCAACGAUGCAAAGUAUUUCAAAUAAUCUUAAAGAAACAAUGAACCCAAAAGAUAUUAUGCAUGACGCAAUUCAUAAUUUUCAUCCACAAUAUCGAGAAUAUACCCAAUAUAGUACACAAAAAAACGAAGAUCGAUCAGGAACAUCAACAUAUGGUCUAAAUCAAAAUGCAACUAGUACUUUAUCAUCAUCAAAUAUUUCAACAUCUGCUGAUAAUAUGUCUUACCAUGAAGGUGGGCCAACAUCAACGCCAAUAGCAUUGCCUGUUCAAUCUCCGCCAUUAUCAGAUUCUCAAGGUCAACAUAACAUUAUUAAUAAUUUAUCCAGCAAACUAAUACCGAAAUCGCUAACAAAAAAAGAUAACGAAAAAGAUAUGUUAUUAAUUAAUGAUGAUAUCUAA